CUUUCGCACGCUGAACUUUAGUUUAGGAAGUUCUAGUCCAGAAAUUGUCGGUUUUUGGCAAAAUUUGUGACAUUAGAGACAAAAUGAAAGCUGCAGGACAGGCAGAAAUCAUUCGCUCGAACCAGAAAGACGACUACUACCGGGGUUCGAUCCGUGGCGAGGUUGCGGACGCUUUUCAAACCUGGUUCGGAGCGCGGACAUGGAUGAGAUGGCGGAGAGAACUGCAGGUCCUGGCAGACGCGGCGUACUUCGGGAUCACCACGGUUGCAGGGUACCAGACCUUAGGUGAGGAGUACUGUAACAUCAUACAGGUGGAUCCUACACAGAGAGCCAUCCCCUCUGCCUGGAGAAGAUCGUUGUUGGUCCUUCUCCACAUCAGUACUCCUUACCUCCUGACCAAACUCCUCACAAAGCUGGAGCUGCAGCUGACCUCUGACCCCCAGUCCUGGGGCCUGACCCCGCAGCAGACAGAGUUCCUCCUGAAGGUCAUCCCUCUGGUGAAGAGGACCAUCAUGUUUGUACACAGGACUCACCUGGCCUUGUUCUACCUGCACGGCGUGUUCUACCACAUCGCUAAGAGGACCACCGGCAUCAGAUAUCUACUGGUGCGAAGCAUCCUUGCCAAUGACUUUGCAGCACCCAGCUACAGACUGCUGGGGUGGCUGUCAGCUGCACAGCUGGGGUUCAGUUUACUCCAACAUGCACACAGGACUAUUGCUGGGGGCAAGUCUGGGCAUGGACAGGACAGGGAGACAACCUCAGAACACAGUGCUAGUGCUGAGAGCUCUACGUCUGAAGUCCACCCCAAGUCGCGAUGUUCUCUGUGCCUGGAGACCAGAAUGCACCCCACCGCCACACCCUGUGGACAUCUCUUCUGCUGGGAGUGCAUCAUGGAAUGGGGUAGCGAAAAGCCGGAGUGUCCAUUGUGCAGAGAGCCCUUCCAACUGUCCAGACUUGUGUACUUACAAAAUUAUCAACCAACAUAACCUUAAAGUCAAAAGGAAUAAUUUGGAAACAUACUAUAACACUGUAUGAAUAUUGUAAAUAAAAUAAAAGAUGCAAUAUAAAUAUUAAACAAAGCACAUUUAUUCCAUGUCAUACAAAUUUACCAAAUGUAGAUCAUUAAAGAGUUAAUUU